CACUAUUCUCAGCCCUCCGGUUUCUCUCUCAUUUCAUUGGCCUACAUGUCAUGUUAUACACUUUGAUGUCAUCCAUCUACAGAUUUAUAGUCCUAUUUCCUUGCUAGGUGUGUGAGGCCAGGCCAUAUUAUCUUUCUAGUACCAUUCGAAUGCCUACUGAGUCUUUUCCAUACCCAACAUACCAAUGAUGUUUUCUCUUAAGCUAUCGCUCUUACUGUUCCGUAUGUGUCCAUUUGUAUGGUCAACGCAUUGGCCAGAGAAGCCAUUCGGUACUCGGUACAGUCCCAAUGGCGUCCUGGAGGCCUACAAUACCUUUGCAAGACACCGACCACUUCGUCACGUUUUCUAUCCACCAAUUCCGCCGAAAAUGAAGCUAGCGGCGGAUGCGAAAAAGCAUAUAUUAGGUAUUAUAUGACUUCGCCAUCCAGAUGGCAUCUUCUUCAUUCCCAUGGCAUUUGAUGAAACAAUAAAGAAGAACAAAAUCUCAACGGCAAAGGAUGUGAGGUAGACUAUUAAUAUGAAC